GUGGAGCUGGAGAGAGGGAAGAUCCUCCACAUCAAGGCCCUGGCGCUGGGCGACCUGAACAAGGCCGGACAGAGGGAAGUCUUCUUCGAGCUGAACGGGCAGCUGAGAUCUGUGCUGGUUAAAGACACAGUCGCCAUGAAGGAAAUGAAGUUCCAUCCCAAGGCUCAGAAGUCCAUCAAGGGUCAGGUGGGAGCGCCGAUGCCUGGAAAAGUCCUGGAAGUCAAAGUAGAGGUUGGAUCCAAGGUGGAGAAGGGUCAACCGCUGUGUGUCCUGUCGGCCAUGAAGAUGGAGACCGUGGUCAACUCCCCGAUGGCCGGCACCAUUAAGGCUGUACAUGUCACGGCCGACUCUUCCCUGGAGGGAGAUGACCUGAUACUGGAAAUCGAGGAGUAGGGCGAGCGAGUGAGCGGGCGGAGGGAAGGAAGGAGGGAGGGGGUGGAAGCAGUAGGCAGGAGAUAGACAAUCUGAUUCUGGAGGAACGGAGGGGAUUAACAUAAAGAGGGGAAAACUGGAAUCUUUUUGCUCUGUGAUAUCUGAGGCCCCCGGUUUGUACAUAUUUGCUUACGCUGUGGACACAUAGUGGAGCUCUAUGCAUCGAGAUCAGAUGGUAUGAAUGUCCAAGAUCAUAUAUUAAUCAGACGGGGAUGAACUCCUCUGUUUAAUUCUCCCAGAAAGACGGUAGUUGGAGACUAGAAUAAAAAAAAUGGUACCUUUACUAAUGUCCUGUCAACUUGUGGAAGAUAGCGUAGACACUUACAUAGAACAUUGUGAUACAUUCCACUGGUGAAAAGUCUUAAAUGUGAUGUACUGCAACGAGCUCGCCACGUGUGACGCUAGAACAGGGUCGGAAACAUCUCCUCGCAGUUAAAUGCCGCCAUUUUCACGCAGUUGAUGUUGCUUAAUAUAUUCAAAGUGAGUAGAUUAAACUUUUUAUCCUCGACUACUACUAAAUGUGUUCUUUGUAAUUAGCAGGAUUCAGAUGAAGAGACCUGAGGAUGUAUUAAUCAAUAAUUCCUGUUGUUGUUUUUCUUAAACGCUCACCUUCACAAGACAUUAUCAACCUUUGCCAUUAGUCACAGUGCAUUCUGGGAAUGUGUAAUCGCUGUUAGACACACUUUUUUUUCUCCAAGGUAAAAAAAUAAAGAUUAUUUUUUAAAGGCAACCAAUUACACAGGGUCUGAGGGAAAUAAAUCACAGCAUUUUUUUUGCCCAAUCUGUCUUACAUGGGUGUCAUGAAAAUAUUUUCACAGCAAGAGAAGCACAACAAAAGACUCGGCACCAGUUUUAGACACAGAAAUACAAGCCAAAGUGAAAACAUGUAUCCUGUUACUGUAUCAGUAAUAGUAGAAGGUUUAGUUUUUUAAAAGAUCAGCGCUCAUGUGGUCUGAUUCAUGUCUGCCUUUAUGAUCCCCGAGCAGACGCGACCAGUACAUCUGGGAAACAUCCAAAGUAGCUUCAUUAUAGUUGGUGUAACUGCGGAUUUAAAGGCAGCAGUAGCUCAGCUGUGUCAUGUUAAGGUGACCAGUCAGAGCUUUAAAGGCGCUUUUGAGGCCUUUUUUUUUUUUUAGUGUCUCUGCUUCGGUGGGAUGCUGAAAAAGGUUGUGAGAGGAGCAGUUGCACCCCUGUCUUUCCAGAAGCAGGCGGAGAUUAUGGUGAGCGGCCCUGUCUGCACGGGGAUUUUUAAUGCUAGGUGUAAAUGGGAUUACAUGGGGCUGUAAUGGAGGUAUGUGGUGUUAUUUUCUGAGGCUCUGCUGAUUAAUUUAUGAAUUAAUUCUCUGUCAAAUGAUGUGAAAUUAGCCGGACUAAUAAGAGACUCUGGAGACUCCCAGUAGCAGUACCCGGCUUUAUAUUUCUAAUGCGUGACUGUUUGCAUAAAUGAGUGGAAAUGUGUGUGUGUGUGCACAAGCAAAUUUCGAGACAAACUCAGCCAGUCCCCCCACAACGCACCUCCUGAGAUGAAAACGCAUUCUAAAAGGAAUUAAAUAUUCAUACUCACAUAUGCACCGGUGCAAAAUAUUCAUGUUAGCCCUUGAGUGCUGCCUGGAUUAAGAGAAAACAAAACCAAACACACUCUGCACAGCAGCGGCGUGACUCCACGGAAACAUUCGAGAACAACGCAGCCAUUAACCCACUCAGUUAUCAGCUCCUGUAGUUAAAUACUGAAUUAAAGUCUCACAAGAUGACCGUUAAACUCAUCUUUUGCAUCAGAAUAUUUAGCUUCAACAACAAGCAGAACAUCAGUUACAGCUUGACAACAACAAAAAAAAAGUCACAAUUCCCGUUUAACACAGUGAAGGCAGGAAGUGUUUGGGACAGUGAGCCAGAAAACAGACCACGACAGCUUACUUUCCCCCCCAAAACAUCUGCUCCUUCAACAGAACGCAUCGAUUGGGACACGAAAUUGAAGUAUCAGUUUGUACUUGACUGGAUUGUUUCCAGCGUUUUUGCUCCAUUACCUCUGAGAAUGAAUACCCUUUUGAACUAUGCAUCAAUACGGAGCGGAGAUGCCGCAGUUAAUUAGAACACUGAUGUCUCGCCGCUCCCCGGGCCCGCUGCAAUGCCUCACUGUAUCUCCCGCUUUAUCAAUUUGUAUUUGAAUCUUUUGGCGAGAGACGGAGAUGAAGUGGUGGGAUUGUACGAAUGAGUGUUUUUGACAAGCUGUUGCACAAUAAUGUAAAGUUCCCUCCUCCUCUCCUCGUCGGCUCUCCUCAUUUAUCUGCUCCCCCUGCCUCAUCCAUCUCGCCACCUUUUCAUAUUAUUUCCCUCUCCAUCCCCGGCGCCUCUGUCUCUUUCCUUCGGUGUACUUUUUUGCACAUGUAAGAUGAUAGCAUCGAUUCGGGCAAUAAUGUGAACUGUAUCGCUGUGUUUCUCACCGUCUUAGCCUGCAGCAAUUCUAACCGCCAUGCUUAUGACAAUGUACACCUGCUCAGUGUCUUGGGGGGGAGAAAAGGAAUAAAUUGCAGAAAAAGUACACGCAGCUGGAAAAUGUUAUUUGUCUGAGGAAGGCGGAUAUAGAUUUGACCUAUUCUUGAGCUCGUGCUAUGUAAAGCUGAACUGUCACAGAGUAUGAAAAUAGGGCCUGUGACAUUUCUGUUUUUCUCUUUGUGUGUUUUUAUGAAACCAAACUGUUUAUUUACUUCUUGGGUUCAGCCGCGAUGGCUGCCUGCUGAGUCAGAAUGUCUCGGCUGAAUUUCUAUCAAGUGUUCACAAUUUGUCGUGGCUUCUUCCAUUUUUCUUACUUUGGUUCACUUAAAGUAGUUUACGUUUACGUGUUGAGGUUCAAAGUGUGUCUAGGAGAGACUUAAGAGCUCAAAAGAAGGGAAACAAAUAGUAUGUAAUAAAAGCGAUACUUGUUCUAUCUGUACUUACGAAUAAAGUCUAACUAAACCUG